GAGUCUACCACAGCAAAGAAAAUGAUUGUCCUUCUCUUCUUUAUCUCAUCAAAUAUACAUGUAACAUCCUGCAGCGAAUCAUCAAAACUGGUGGUUGGACAGGUUGGGGAUACAGUUAAUCUUCCAUAUAAAUAUGACAUUAACACUACUGGCCUAUUGAACGUCUGCUGGGGGAGACGUCAGUCAUGGUUCAGCUGUGAGAACACUGUUAUCUCCUCCGAUGGCUUGCAAGUGACCUACAGAGAGUCAAACAGAUUCAGCUUUGCCAGUGGACUGGAGCAAGGGGAUGUUUCACUUACCAUAAAGGCUGCUCAAAAGAGGGAUGCUGGGAUGUACGUGUGCCGUAUCGAGAUCCCUGGACUUUUCAAUGACAUUAGUCACAAUGUCUAUCUGUUUAUCAGCAAUGGACUGGAUCCAAAGAGAGUCAUCUCAGAAACACAACUGGUCCCUUCAACAGCAAAUCAGGAAAAACAAGUCUACUAUGUAUCAGACCCAACCACACUCAUUACAGAGCUUUAUUUCAUAUCAGAAAAGACAACUGCAGAUGCCACCGACAUCUACAUGUAUGAAGCAAUUGCAGUUGUCCAUGCUGAGGAUACAAUGGAAACAUUUGUCAUAAAUACUGUAAGAGUGGGGGCCAUUGUCUUCAUCCCGGGUUUAAUCAUCGCACUCCUGUUCAGACUGCGGCGCUCCAGAGAACGCACUGGCUGAAGGAGAAUGUAAAAAUCUGCCAGGCUUCCCAGACCAACAACCACACACAGAUAUGGUGUGAUAGUCAGUUCUGGGGUCACUAUGACUGUAUAAAAACCACAUGCAUGGUGACUUUAUUAUUAUUAUUUUUUUGUGGUUUGUUAUCAGUGCCUAAUAGGCUAUUUAUAAAAUAAUUGAUCAGUUAUUAAUCUAAAUCUGAGAUAAUUUAUUUACAUUAUGGUGUUGGGUUUUUUUUCAAUUUACAUUGUAAUAUGACGUGUUUGUUGCCUGUAUCUUUAUCUGUAAAGCAUUUUUGUAAAAAGCUUCCAAACUGUAAUCUAAUGUCAUGCAUCUCUUUCUCAGAAAUCAAUUACUAAAUGCCCAAACACCACGUGAGAUAAAAAUUUUGGUUUGUUUGGAAACGCAAUUUGAUUUAUCACACAAUAGCGGCCUCUAGUGUUCAAUGCUGUUGCAUGAAAAAUGAAAUGUAAUCCUAAAAGUUUUAAUAAUGCACAAACAAUGAAAUCUUGCAAAAAGUAAAAACUCGCAUGUGAUGUAUA